CACUUGAACCGUCUGAAACUGAGCCCUGACAAAGACUGCCUUGGGGAAGCACUAAUUCAUAAGGCAGCUAAAGUUGGGAGCCUGGAGUGUCUCGCUCUGCUGGUGGCCAGCCACGCCAGAAUUGACCUGUGCAAUAAUGAUGGGCAGACAGCAGAAGACAUAGCGCUGGCUGCUGGAUUUCUGGAAUGUGCCAAGUUCCUCACAACAAUUAAACGUACUCGGAACAUGAAACUGAGAGAACAAUCUGGCUACUCCUUCAGUGACAAUUGUCGGUUGCCAAGAGAGGCUCCAGCUGGUCAGAAAAGAGAAUCUGGAAUUCAUGGACCAAUAAACAGGAAGAGAAGAAGAUUAAAUGAUCUUGUGUCCGACUGCAACUAGGGAAACCUGCAACUGUGAAAGGAAUCUUUAAGAAGAAUCUGAAAUCUGCAGACAUGGUAUUGGACUAUAAACUAAGCAGCCCAAUAUAGACAGUUUUGCUAUCCCCUUCUGAGAAGGAG